AUGCAAAGUGCUAUUCUUAUCGUCCUGGCCAGCUUCGUUGCCACGAGCUUCGGCUGCGUUGGAAACGGCUGCGGCGGGGACUACUCCUUCGACGCCUGCUCUGAGCCCGUCUGCUACUCCGGUCGCUACAUUGGCUACGGUUGCCAUGACGGUGUCUGCGACUACGUCUGCUACGGGCUUGGGUGUCGCAAUUUCGGCUACGGGGGGUACGGUGUCCACCCAAAGAGCACCCAGAAGCCGGCGCAGAAGGGUCUCUACGACGGUUGGGCCCACGGCGCUCAAGGUCAGCGGGGCUGCAAGGGUGGCAACUGUGGCUACUGGGGUGGCUGCGAUGCCGGCCGAUGUGUUGGCUACUACAACUUCAGGAAGUGCAACACCCCGGUGUGCACCAACGGACCCUUCUACGGGUUCGGCUGUGACUCGGGGGUGUGCGCGUUCGUGUGCUACGGCGACGCCUGCCACGCCACCCAAAACUACGGCAAAGACUGCGAAAACGGCGAAUGUGAUUACCCCGAAGGGUCCAAGAGCACGGCCAACGGUGAUGCCACCCACACCAAGGAUUCUCAAUGA